CUCUGCAGGCCUGCUGCUCUCUGCUGCAGAGAGAGGAGCUGCGUGACGUCAGUGAAGGCUGGAGCGGUUCCUUGGUUGAAGCGGAAAAAAAUGGGGAGAAGGUUGCGAGGACCUCCGGCAGGUGGACCCUGACAGAUGAAUUGAAGACACCAGUUGAAUGUUGCCACUAUGUGUGGUAAUGUGACUGAGCCACGCUCCUUCAAAGCACAUGGGAUAUCUAUUCCUCCUACCCACUUGCAGUUGUCGCCCUGUUGCCCUGUUUUCAGCAUGAGAGGAUCUGUCAAACGCUUGACCUCUGUGCCCUCAUACUGGCACUACGGCUGUGCGGCGUGAGCACCCCCUCUCCUCCGGCAGUAUCUGCACGGCAUGGCCUCUCUGGACCUGCCAUACCGCUGUCCUCGCUGCGGGGAGCACAAGCGCUUCCGAAGUCUGUCGUCCUUACGUGCCCACCUGGAAUACAACCACACGUACGAGACCCUCUACGUCCUCUCCAAGUCAAACAGUGUUUGUGACGCUGCUGCUCUGCUGCCUCUAGUGGCCGAGGGAGCUCUUCUCGCUCCUGCAAACAACAACGACCCCUUUGAGCCGCUGCGGCCCUCAGCUUUGAAAGAGCGCCGCUUUCCUUGUCGUGAGCUUCCUUGUGCAGACGACUUGAGUUUGACCCCAUCUAACUCCAACACUGCAGCUCGGUAUAUACCCAAUGUGGAGUUUCCCCUGGGGGAGAUUUUUAUGAAGAAAGCCAUGACAUCUGCAGACCCUGGUCCCCAUGGAAACCCCAGCACAGCUGUAGCGGUGGCAGCUAACGUAGCGGCUAGUGCGGUCGAGGCAGCGUACGAGGAGGGCUUAGCCAGGCUAAAAGCCCGGGCGUUUGAGCGGCUGGAGCUGGAUGAAAGGCUGGAGAAGCUGUCUGAAGAGGUGGAGCAGAAAAUAGCGGCCCGCGUCGGUCGUCUUCAGUCAGAGCUGGAGAGGAAAAGCUCUGAGCUGGAGCGGGCCAAACUGGAAAGUGACCGCCUGAGCCAGGAGAAGCAGGACCUGGAGGACAAGGCCUCCGAGCUCUCCCGGCAGGUGGACGUCUCUGUGGAAAUGCUGGCUAACCUCAAACAGGACCUGGUGAACAAGGAGCAGGAGCUCAAUCACAAACAGCAGGAAGUCGCCCAGAUUGACCAGUUCCUUCAGGAGACGGCGGCACGCGAAGCCAAUGCCAAGGUGCGACUGCAGCAGUUCAUCGAGGAGCUGCUGGACCGAGCGGACCGCGCCGAAAAACAGCUGCAGAUCAUCAGCAGCUGCGGCACCACACCCAACGGCAGCCUGGGGCGCUGCAGCCUCCAGAACUCAAAGGGCAACGGACGCCAGAGGAAUUCAAGCAACUCUGGAAGCACAAGAGGCAUGUACCAAGUGUCGGAGCGACGUUCGUCUCCGAGCACGGGAGCAUCAGGGCGGAUCAAGUCUGUGUCCGGGGGCUCUGGAGGUUACGACAGUGACAGCGUGGAGAUGCAUCCCAUGGAGGACUGCCCCGAGGCACAGUACUACAUGCAGUGCCGGCUUGGUGAGGCCGGUUACGAUCGCUCCCCGGGAUGUGGCGGUGGCGGGUCAAGGAACUGGGGUCUUCGUAAACAGGCGAUCCAGAACUGGCAGCGGCGACCUUACAGGAACAGCACUGAGGGAGAUGAGGGGGACGUGUCGGACGGGGGGUCUCGGACCACUGAGUCUGAAAUGGAGAUGUGGGAACAAGACAGGAGAGCUGUGGCUGAAGUGCAGCAGUCGGCCCCUCCCUAUCCUCACCACGGCCGGGCAGGGUAUCGCUCUAACACAGGUCGGUCUGAUGGUGUCUACAAGCCUUGCCGCCAUGAAAAGAGCCCGUCCAAAUCCAACGAGGUGAUCAGCCCCGAGAUCCUGAAGAUGCGUGCAGCUCUCUUCUGCAUCUUCACCUACCUGGACACUAAAACCCUGCUGAGAGCUGCAGAGGUCUGCCGGGACUGGAAGUUUGUGGCCCGUCACCCGGCCGUGUGGACCAGAGUGCUGCUAGAGAAUGCCCGCAUUUCUUCCAAGUUUCUGAGCACAAUGUCUCAGUGGUGCACUCAGACGCACUCCCUCAUCCUGCAAAACCUCAAACCAAGACAGCGAGGCAAGAAGGAAACCAAGGAGGAAUACCUCAAAAGCACACGUGGCUGUCUGGAGGAAGGUCUGGAGGCGUUGUUAAAGGCCACAGGAAGUAACCUUCUGAUACUGAAGAUUUCACACUGCCCUAACCUGCUGACCGACCGCUCCCUCUGGCUGGCCAGCUGCUACUGCCGAGCCUUGCAGGCUGUGACCUACAGAAGUGCUACAGAUCCAGUCGGCCAGGAGGUGAUCUGGGCUCUCGGAGCAGGUUGCAGAGACAUCAUCUCCCUACAGGUGGCGCCACUACACCCAUGCCAACAACCAGCCCGUUUCAGUAACCGCUGCCUGCAGACCAUUGGCAGAUGUUGGCCGCACCUCCGUGCUCUCGGUGUGGGCGGGGCUGGAUGUGGCAUUCAGGGGCUGGCUUCGCUAGCGAGGAACUGCAUGCGCCUGCAGGUGCUGGAGUUGGAUCAUGUGAGUGAGAUCAACCAGGAGGUGGCAGCAGAGGUCUGUAGAGAGGGCCUGAAAGGUCUGGAGAUGCUGGUGCUCUCUUCCACGCCCGUCACCCCCAAAGCCCUGCUCCACUUCAACAGUGUUUGCCGUAACCUGAAGUCCAUCGUGGUUCAGAUUGGUAUAGAAGACUACUUUGAGGACCCCAACAGCCCUGAAGCUAGAAAACUGUUUGAUGAGAUGGUUAACAAACUGCAGGCUCUGAAGAAAAGACCUGGUUUCUCCAAAAUCCUCCACGUGAAAGCAGACAGUCUCUGCUAACAGCUUUUGUGCAGAUUCUUCUUUGAGUCUUGGAGAGGCGCCAUCUUGGCUCAAGUCAAUCAACAAGACCCAGCUGUUUUGAGCCCGCUCCAUGGGGUUGAAUACGUCUGGAGCACAGACGGAAACAACAGAAGAAGAUCACCGUGAUGAACCAGGACACAGAGGCUCAAUGUGCAUCCUCCACAAGUACAAAGUGAAACUGAAAUAACUACUUCACUACUCCAGUAAGGGGAUAUCAAUAUCUCUGUGAUUUGUUAAGACUAAAAACUAGUCAAGAGGCUUAUUUUGAUUUAACAAAGGCAAUUAUAUCACACGAAGGGCCUGUCUUAAAGCUCACAGACUCCAACAAACUGUCAGAUUCCUCUUUCUCAGUCGUCUCCUGCUUUCACCAUAGAAAUGGAUCAUGUCGCUGCACAGAACCAGGGCCCUUUAUUCAAACUCCUGGAGCCAGGUGACAGCGCUGUUUUCAGCUGCCUGCCUCUACAGGAUGCCUGACAAGUACUCGAGAAUACCUUCAACACCAACAGCUGGUGGGCAUGAGCACAUUAUAAGACUUUCUGCAGAGGUAUAUAUAAAUGGAGAGAGUGAAUGGCAGAAGUUGUAGAAAAAUUAGAUUUCCUCAAAAAUGUUGACUUGAGACAGGAGCUUCAUGUGUGUGUUUUUCGAGGAUUGGAUAAAUGGUUUCCCAUCCUGCCUGCCCUACAAUGCUGUGUGUUAAAACUGGACAACUUUCAACACUUACUGCUUCCACCCGGACAGAAACAGCUGCACCAGCUUCAGGCACAGCAGAGAGGACAGCCUCCUUGUUACACACACACACACACACACACACCUUGACAGUCUUCUUAGCCAUUUGCAUGGCAGCGAUGCAUUUACCCUCUUCUAAUCAUCCUUUCUGCUUCCUCAUGUGAACAGCAUCACAAACCUGGACUCAGUGUUUCUUCGGUAGUUUUAGUAACUUUCAGAGAACAGGAUGCAGCAUCUGAUACUGUUCAUUACCAAGACUGGAAGAAUGAUCCACGAUGCAUUUCAAAAACUGGUGACAUUUGUUACAGUUUUCUGUCCUCAUUCCAGUGAGCAUUUUCUCCAAUGUGCCAUUAAUGAGGGAAGAGGGACCAUGUAAAGUAAGGCAGAUGUGUAAUCUCUUCAAACCAGAUGUAAUUUAUUGGAGUUUGAUUUGAGUUCAAGCUGCAACAACUCAUCAUAAGGGUUUCACAGGUGUCACAGUGUUUAGAUGUCAUGUGACUUUCAUACUUAACCAUACGAAACAGUGCCAUUCCUAUUCACAGUGCUCGUCAUUGUGCUGAUCAAUCCUCACUUGUAUUUUUCAGCUGACAUCCUCUGGCUCCCUCUGCUGGUUUUUUCAAGCGCGUACACAGCCAACAGCCAGCUGGUGUGAUAUGACACCUUGUACUCUUUGCAGCGAGGAACAUGUAUCACCUUUUGCAGAAGUCAAAACCAACAGAUUAGUCUUCACCUUUACAUUAGCAGUUUCUUUUUGGUGCAAUACGUGGCAAAAAUGCAGUUAUCCAACAUUGCAUAAAUUCUCAAGAAGUAUGAGUAGCAAUACUUUGUGUGGUGACACUUAGUGUGUGCUCCUCUGUGCUGCAGAUAACCUAAAGGGGGGUUUCAACUAUUUUACACAUCAUUAGUUUACUAUACACAAAGAGUACCAACCAGCCUGGUAAAACUGCUGUUCAAUGUCUUCUGGAUCCUGAGCUUUGUCAGGUCUGAGUGCUUAUCUCUGCUUGGAAGCUACACAUUUAUAGCACAGAAAGUUGGAUUACAGGGGGAAGCAUGACGGAAAGAUACCUCUACAAGGCAUCGAGGGUCAAUAGAAAAAACAUGUAUAGGAUUUGCGGGAGCUUGACCCUUACUGGGGACCAAAAGUCAGGAUUUCUCUUCCCUGCUGCAUUGAUUCUUUUUUAUGAAUCUCUUGCAAGACCCCAAACAUCAUAUAAGUGUAAUACUAAAUCACUGGAGCUCCUGUUUGAAGCUAACAAUCACUUUGCUUUAAAGACAUUUUUCACACAGUUUUCUAACCGGCUGAAAAAUGAUUCACACAUCUGAGGGAACAUCACGUCUCUUCCCUUGCACCAUUCUUACCGCCUGUUGCUUAACAAGUUGCUCAUUUUACCCUUGCAUACCUUUGUCGCUACAACACAUGUGACAUUGGUGGGCGGAGAGGGAGGAGGAGUUUGUCACGAGAACUCUUUGAAGGUCCCCUAUUAUACUCUUUUUCAAUGAUAUACUAUAUGUCUCAGAUAUAUACAAAACAUCUCUCUGAAGUGUUUGGCUCAAAAUACCAAACAGAUAAUGCAUUGUAGCAUGCCAUAAACCCCUCUGUUUCCCCCACAAUAGUGCUCUAGAAGGAGGUUCAGGUGUUAAGGUGGGCGGAGGUUACCUUGGUUGGUUAUUGGCUAAUGAUUGCACAACCCCAUAAAAAUCAUUGCGACACCACAAACGGGCAAAAUCUGAUCAGCUCAUUUUCAGACGGGUUUUUACAUAAAUGGAUCAGGACAAAAAGAGAGAGAAUUUAUUUCCUGAAACUUUCUGAAUCUCUUACCACAUAUUUAUGUAUAAAAGACAUGAAGAAGUGGAUUUUGCAUAAUUGGUGACCUUUAAAUGAGAAACUGAUGAGGAGAGCUUUUGUGGUCUCAGCUUCAUUAUCAGUUGUGUUUAUUAAGACCUGUGUAGCUGCUUAUGGGAGUGAGAUGUUCCAGGUGAAUGUGUGAGAAGAGUCAUGGGGGUCCAUUUCUUCAGUACUGCAUAUUAUUAUCCUACACUGGUACCGACUCAUCUGAGGGAAAUGGGUCUGUGACACAAUAGAGAAAACACAAAGCACUUGUUGAUUUUAAGUUUUAGACAAUCCUGCCUUCGCUAUCAACUACUCUGUACAUACUGUUUAUAAAAAAAGUCGAAAACACGGAGGAAAAAAAGGACCAACAUUUGAUGUUAUAUAAUAUUAAGGUCCUACUUCUGAGUGGAAAAAGUUUACAGGUCUUCAUUCUGUAAGCAUUUUCUCUCCAAAGUGAAUGAACGAUAAACAUAGAGAAUUAUAUUAUGUAUAACAGUAGUGUUGAAAUUGCAGUUGUGUAUUAGAUACUUUAUAUUAAAUGUGCAUCAGAGUCAUAUAGAGAUGGAAAUUAUUUAAGAAGAGGAUAAAGAUGAUAAUUCAGCUAUUUAUUUCUUUAAAAAAGAGCGAUGUGUAUAAUGUUGGCAUGUUUGUGUUCAAGCAUCAAUCAUUAAGUUGCCUUCUUAACUGUUCUGCUACUGUGACAAGAAAAUAUUUAGAUGUUUGAAGAGCUUUGAUUGCCUGCAGGUUUCUUUUUAUUUGAUCCAGUCUGUUGUUGCACUAGUGAGAAAAAAAAGAAGAUAUUUCAGAUGUUUAUUAUAAGAGUGUUGUUUUAAUGUUUCUCAGUAUUUGACAAAAUAUGAUGCACUUUUUAUCCUGAAUACUUUAUCGGCCGGUCGGUCAUCGGUUCAGUCAGAAACUACGCUGGUCUCAUGGAAGGAUUUUGGAAACAGCGAAUACAUAUGAACUGGACUGAACAAAAGGACUCCUCUUUUCUUUAACACCAUCUCUAAUCUCAUCGGUUGGGAAGUUAAAGAUGGAAACCGAAUCAACUACAUUCAAGUGCUUUUUAGGUUCAUUGCCAAUAUGACCUUAUAAUCACCUUUGUUUCUGUCUUUGUUUUCAUCAUGCUCUAGAUUUCAUGCUCAACACUACAUUUGCUUCAUUGUGAAAAUGGACCUGCUGAAGAUGUAACGGAGCGUGUGUGCUCUGAAACUGCAGAUUAGAGGUGCCAAGGAUAACUCCUGGCUUACAUCUCCAUCCUCUGUCUCUCCAAAUAUAAAGCAAAAUCAUUUCUAAUUUAUUUAUUUAGAUUCAGAAACUGAAGCAUCAAGUGCUCAUUCUCAUUUUAGUUCAUAUUUUAAAUCCAGUUUUCAUUCCUCCUCUGUUGCAGUUCCAUGUGUCACACUGUGCAAUUUAAAACCAGUGUCCCGAGUGUUCAUGUACCUCUGUACAUAUUUUAUGUAUGAAUGAUUGUACUCUGCCCAUUCAUCUGAAUAGUAUCUUACACAUUACCUCAACACUUAUCUGGGCAGUUAAGUGUGCAGUAUGUCUUUGUAAUUUAGUUUUUUUUAUUUUUCACUGCCAUCGACAUGUAUGACCCAUGAACUUCAUCCAUGUUGGUACAACGACAACAAUAGAUUCUGUCGCUAAAAAUAACUUUCCCAAAAGAUGAUCAGCCUUCUGCGAUGACUGCAAUAGAUGGAAAUGUUUUACUCAUUUUCACUCAUUUGUUGUCAUUAAUAAAAUUGCUUUAAAUUGUA